GAGGGAGGGAGAGAGAGAGAGAGAAAUAGUGUGUGAGAGAGACAGAGAAGAAGAGAGGGAGAAAGAGGGACACGAGACAGAGAUCAGACAGUGAGGAGGACUUUUCCAGGGAGUUUAGGUCCUGGCAGUGGAAGGAUUACAAGGACAGAGCUGAUCAGUGUUGGACCUUGACAAGCCUAGUACAGCUGCCUGCAUGGGACACAGGACUACAACCAGAACAACAACCUAACUCUAUAGUGGGUUAUUAUUGGAGCACUCCCCCAUGUUCAUGUAACUGUACUGCAUUUGGAUGAGCCUGUUGAUGGAUUGUUGGUCUCUGGAUCUCUGGAGUGACGUGUUGGGAGUAAGGAACUUGUUGCUCUUCCAUAACCUGAAGGAGAAGUGAACGACAAGACCCUUUGUGACUGAGUUGGACUUCUCAGUUAAAACACAAGGGUAAUGUUAUAUCUGGCCACCGGCAAUCUGAUCUGUGACUUUAUCUCGAUAUGGGAUUAUUGAUACAAGCAUCUGUAAGAAACUAGACAGAUCACUUGGGUCAACAUUAAAUUAUUACCGUUAGAGAAGCAAAGAAGUUACAAGAUCUGAUGUUAUUUGAGAAUCCAAAAUUGCUAAACUGUUGACAGGGAAGAUGAAAUCAGCACUGCUCAAGGCUCUGACUGCGUUGUAAGUUGAACACCAUUGUGGCCGACUGUAACCUGAUCUCCAACACACUGCAGUAAUUACAAGGUGUAUGCAGGGAAACAUGGAGAGAGAUUUGUAAUUAGACCUGUCUAUAAAAAGAACCAGGCAAAGGGCGAGGUCCCCACACAGAGAGAGUUAAAGGGGGAGAGUCAGGCCAAGGACACCCAGCUUGAAGGGAGGGAGGGGGGCUGUCUGGAGGCAUAGGAAGGAGGCUGCCUGGAGGCAUAGGAAGGAGGCCAACUGGAGGCAUAGGAAGGAGGCUGCCUGGAGGCAUAGGAAGGAGGCCAACUGGAGGCAUAGGAAGGAGGCUGCCUGGAGGCAUAGGAAGGAGGCCAACUGGAGGGAUAGGAAGGAGGCCAACUGGAGGGAUAGGAAGGAGGCCAACCGGAGGCAUAGGAAGGAGGCCAACCGGAGGCAUAGGAAAGAGGUUGCCUGGGGGCAUUGUUGAGUGUAAGUGACACCCAGACCCAGACAGCAACGACACCUAACCUGAAGGGAAGGAGGCUGCCUGGAGUCAUCAUUGGGAAGAAGAGACACCCAGACAGCUUUUGACAAUUAGGGGACAGGAGGUGUGACCAUGGACCCCCAAGGCGGACACUACCUGAACAAGGCGGCGGUGCUGUCUCCUCUAGGAGCGGCCCGUAUGCUCCAGCUCCUCCUGGGCUGCACCAUCAUAGCCCUGGUGGCCCACAGCGCCGGAUACAACCACGCCUAUGGUAUCUACUGCAUGUUUGUGUGGUGCUUCUGCUUCGCCAUGACCCUGCUGGUGUUCACCAUGGAUGUGACACGCCUCCCCUGCUGCAUGCCCAUUUCCUGGGACAACCUCACCGUGGCGUUCGCCAUGCUCGCCACACUCAUGUAUGUCGCCGCCUCCGUCGUCUACCCCGUCUACUUCCUGCGCUCUCAGUGCUCCAAAUCCGACGGGGGCUGCGAGGUGCGCAACUACCGCAUCGCUGUCACCGUGUGCUCCAGUUUCUGCUGCUUCGCCUACGCGGCUGAGGUGUUCCUGACCCGGGCCAAACCCGGCCAUGUGGUGGGCUACAUGGCCACCAUGUCAGGCCUGCUCAAAGUGGUCCAGGCCUUCGUGGCCUGCAUUAUAUUCGGGGCCCUGGCCAACGGCAGCGAGUACAACCGCCACAUCCCCACUCAUUACUGCGUGGUGGUCUACAGCCUGUGCUUCUCCAUCACCGUGGUCGUGAUCGCUGUGACCGUGUCGGGAAAAGCCUCGGCUCUGCCCCUGCGUUUCCCCUUCGACCGCUUCGUGAUCAUCUACACGUUCCUGGCGACGCUGCUGUACCUGAGCGCCGCCCUGGUGUGGCCCAUCUUUAGCUUCGACAGGAAGUAUGGCACGCCGGGUCGCCCCGACGGCUGUCCCUGGGAGAACUGUCCCUGGGACAGCAAGCUGGUGGUGGCGGUGUUCACCCAUGUCAACAUGGUGCUGUACUUCAGCGACCUAAUCUACUCCCAGAGGAUCCGCUUUGUCUCCCACUCCGCUGCUUGAGGACCCCUCCACCCUCCACUCUGCUGCCUGAGGACCCCUCCACCCUCCUCACUCCACUCUGAUGCCUGAGGACCCCUCCUCACUCCUGGGGACCCCUUUACCCUCCUCACUCCUGGGGACCCCUCUACCCUCCUCACUCCACUCUGAUGCCUGAGGACCCCUCCUCAGUCCUGGGGACCCCUCUACCCUCCUCAGUCCUGGGGACCCCUCUACCCUCCUCAGUCCUGGGGACCCCUCUAUCCUCCUCACUCCUGGGGAUCCCUCUACCCUCCUCACUCCUAGGGUGAAUCUCAAAAGUGUUUUCCUCGGUUCGUCAUUGGACACGGCGUACGAGGUAAGGGAGGAGAGCAUUGGAGAAGACAAGAGGAGAUACGAUAUUUGAAUGGACUUCUGCCUCGCUCUGACGUUAUGAGGAGGCGUGGAGAGGGAGAUGAGGAGUAGAGGGUAUAGACUUUUGAGUUGCACCCCUGGCCCUCAGAGACAGACAGAGACCACACUGGAAAUGACACACAGCAUCUCCACUCAAGUACCUCUGAAUGCCCCAUGCCUACUACAGAUUACAUAUCGCCUCAAUGAUGUUAUGGCUUUGUACCUUGUUGUGUCUUUCUUAACAUCAGUGCUGUCUUUCUUAACAUCAGUGCUGUCUUUCUUAACAUCAGUGUUGUGUCUUUCUUAACAUCAGUGUUGUGUCUUUCUUAACAUCAGUGCUGUGUCUUUCUUAACAUCAGUAUUGUGUCUUUCUUAACAUCAGUAUUGUGUCUUUCUUAACAUCAGUAUUGUGUCUUUCUUAACAUCAGUGUUGUGUCUUUCUUAACAUCAGUGCUGUGUCUUUCUUAACAUCAGUAUUGUGUCUUUCUCAACAUCAGUGUUGUGUCUUUCUUAACAUCAGUGCUGUGUCUUUCUCAACAUCAGUGUUGUGUCUUUCUUAACAUCAGUAUUGUGUCUUUCUUAACAUCAGUGUUGUGUCUUUCUUAACCUCAGUGUUGUAUCUUUCUUAACAUCAGUGUUGUGUCUUUCUUAACAUCAGUGUUGUUAACAUCAGUGUUGUGUCUUUCUUAAAAUCAGUGUUGUUAACAUCAGUGCUGUGUCUUUCUCAACAUCAGUGUUGUGUCUUUCUUAACAUCAGUAUUGUGUCUUUCUUAACAUCAGUGUUGUGUCUUUCUUAACAUCAGUGCUGUCUUUCUUAACAUCAGUGUUGUGUCUUUCUUAACAUCAGUAUUGUGUCUUUCUUAACAUCAGUGUUGUGUCUUUCUUAACAUCAGUGUUGUUAACAUCAGUGUUGUGUCUUUCUUAACAUCAGUGUUGUUAACAUCAGUGUUGUGUCUUUCUUAACAUCAGUGGUGUGUCUUUCUUAACCUCAGUGUUGUGUCUUUCUUAACAUCAGUGUUGUGUCUUUCUUAACAUCAGUGUUGUUAACAUCAGUGUUGUGUCUUUCUUAACAUCAGUGUUGUUAACAUCAGUGUUGUGUCUUUCUUAACAUCAGUGUUGUGUCUUUCUUAACAUCAGUGUUGUGUCUUUCUUAACAUCAGUGUUGUUAACAUCAGUGUUGUGUCUUUCUUAACAUCAGUGUUGUUAACAUCAGUGUUGUGUCUUUCUUAACAUCAGUGUUGUGUCUUUCUUAACAUCAGUGUUGUGUCUUUCUUAACAUCAGUGUUGUUAACAUCAGUGUUGUGUCUUUUUUAAAAUCAGUGUUGUUAACAACAGUGUUGUGUCUUUCUUAACAUCAGUGUUGUUAACAUCAGUGUUAUGUCUUUCUUAACAUCAGUGUUGUGUCUUAACAUCAGUGUUGUGUCUUAACAUCAGUGUUGUGUCUUUCUUAACAUCAGUGUUAUGUCUUAACAUUACUAUCAGUAGUAUCAGUAUUAUAAUCUCUAAGAGAAACCUGAGACAAGGGCCAGUACUGUUGUAGGCACUCUGUCUUAUGGUGCAGUACAUUGGUUUAAUUCAGAGCUUUGAACAUGUUGGGCGACAUUUUCGUAGUGCAAAAGCGAUGUGCUAAAUGCAAUAGAAAUCUGUAAACCUCAUAAUCUGGCAGUGUGAUUUAAACUGAAACUUUUCCUCUACAAUCUGCAUUAUAAAGAAGCUAUUAUUUAUAAGGUUUAGUAAACCGAGCAAUCGAUAAAAUGUAUGCACAUCGCCUACUAAUAAUGCACAUUGUUGAAAAACAUUUUCAAGAUUAUAACGAGGUUCAUGGUCAUUUUUGUACUUUGCUUUUGUACUAUGAACAUGUCGCCCAUUAUGUAUUGAAGGACGUCGUAAAUCAUCAUUGGGUUGUUUUCAUGUCUUGAAAUAGUCUGUUUUAUUUAUUGUGUUUCAAGAAACUUUUAUCUUAACUAAGAGGUUUUUUCUAAUAAUGACAAUAAUAUAUACAAAAUGUAAUGUGUAGUGUGUUGAAUUGGCUUUCCAUCACUGAGUACUUUUGGUGUUUAAACUAACACCCAACUGCUUGUUUCAACUUCAACUCCUCUUGUUUUAGUCCAAGUUCAGUCAGUGUGUAGAUUCAUUAUGAGCUGAAUGUUCAGUGUAUCAACUGUCAAUACAAAAUUGGGAAUAUACAGUAUGUGUGAGGGUGUGUGUGCAUGAGUGUGAGUGUGUGUGUGUGUGUGGGGGGGGGUUAUGGAAUUGACUACAUAGGUACAGCUACCACUUUUUGAUAUGUGAUGUCUGCACUGCAAAACAUCCCUGAACACUGUAUUGUAAUGAAAACCAUGCGAUGUACUCAAUGAUAUAAACCGAUAGAAAAGUUCUGAAACUUGUGAAUAUUCAAAAUGUCAUUAAAAUGAACAAAUUGUUUAGUC